CAAACGAAAUCUAUGAUGAUGACACUAAUUUAUUGAGAAAAUAUGAGUCAAUUACAGUUUAUUUUCAGUAAUUAUCCAUCCAAUAUUUAUCGGCCCCAGAAUUCAUUUGAACUUGUCUAAAAAUCUGCGGCAGUUGCAAGGUUUCACCACAUUGCAGGCACAGCAGCGCCAUCUGAGCCACUCUGUCAUUUUCUUUCCGGCCGUCAAGCAUUAUCACAUAAUUUUGCUUUUUACGUGGAAUUUAAAAACGUGUCAAUGUAGUUAGACCAUUAAAAACAGAGCGUAAGCAUACCAGUGCAGAUUAAAGUGACGAAAAGGUGAUAAAAGUGAUCGUGUGGGUGAUAAAAGCAGUGGUUUCGUGAGGAAGAGUCGCAGAGAAUAGAAGGAAAGAUGACUCAAUGUCGACGGUUCUUUGCCACAUUUUUGCUUCUUCUGCCCAUGAUAAAUGGCUUCUACCUGCCCGGAUUAGCUCCUGUGAAUUACUGCAAGCACUCAGACUCCACAGAGCCCUGCAAGUCGGAGGUGCUCCUGUUCGUGAAUCGUCUCAACACAGAGGAAUCUGUGAUUCCCUACGAGUACCAUCACUUUGACUUCUGCCAAGUGGACGAGAGCGAUUCGCCGGUAGAGAAUCUGGGACAGGUGGUUUUCGGCGAGAGGAUACGCCCUGGUCCGUACAAAAUUGACUUUAUGAAGGAUGUUCAAUGUGCUAAGGUUUGCACUAAAACCUACACGGGCGGCGAUCCGGAGAGUGAUCGAAAAUUGAUGAUACUGAAAAAGGGAAUGAGCCUCAACUAUCAGCACCACUGGAUUGUCGAUAACAUGCCUGUGACGUGGUGCUAUCCGCUCAGCGGCUCCGACGAUCGGCAGUACUGCAGCACUGGCUUCCCUAUGGGCUGUCUGGUGCGUCGACGCCCAGAUGGAGAUGAGGGAUGCCCUAUGAAUCUGCACUACAACCAACCCGGCCACUAUUAUCCGUUCAACCACGUGGAUUUGACCAUAACUUACCACAGCGGCGCUUCGGAAGAGUUAGGCGUGGGCUUCAAGACAGACGCUGGCCUGGAAGGAGGCCGGAUUAUCUCCGUGAAGGUUGUGCCUUCGUCAAUCAACCAUCGCAAUCCCGAUGCGCCGGACUGCAACAGCAAAGAAGCACUGGCGAUUGAGGCAAACUCCCUAGCCUCGGGACAGAAGAUCAACAUCACGUACACAUACUCGGUGAAUUUCCACAGAAACAAUACCAUCAAGUGGUCCUCGCGCUGGGAUUACAUUCUCGAGUCUAUGCCACACACGAACAUCCAGUGGUUCAGCAUUCUCAACUCUCUCGUGAUUGUACUCUUCCUUUCUGGCAUGGUGGCAAUGAUAAUGCUGCGCACGCUCCACAAGGACAUUGCCCGGUACAAUCAAAUGGAGUGCGGCGAGGAUGCUCAGGAGGAGUUUGGGUGGAAGCUCGUGCACGGUGAUGUAUUCCGACCGCCGCGCAAGGGAAUGCUGUUGUCUGUUCUGCUGGGAUCUGGAGUGCAGGUGUUCUUUAUGACUCUGGUCACGCUGGCGUUUGCCUGCCUUGGAUUCCUAUCGCCCGCCAAUCGUGGAGCCCUUAUGACUUGCGCCAUGGUGUUGUUCGUGCUCCUGGGAACGCCGGCUGGGUACGUGUCAUCGCGCAUCUACAAGAGCUUUGGCGGAAUCAAGUGGAAGAGCAAUGUCCUUUUGACGUCCAUGCUGAGCCCUGGCCUGGUCUUUGGGCUGUUCUUUGUCAUGAACCUGGUGUUGUGGGGUAAGGGCAGCUCUGGCGCUGUGCCCUUUAGCACGCUGCUUGCUUUGCUAGCGCUUUGGUUUGGCGUCUCCGUGCCAUUGACUUUCGUGGGGGCGUACUUUGGCUUCCGCAAGCGAUCCCUGGAGCACCCAGUGAGAACUAAUCAGAUUCCACGCCAAAUUCCCGACCAAUCCAUCUACACGCAACCGAUUCCGGGCAUCAUCAUGGGCGGUGUGCUGCCUUUUGGUUGCAUCUUCAUCCAACUCUUCUUCAUUCUCAACUCUAUCUGGUCCAGUCAGAUGUAUUACAUGUUCGGAUUCCUGUUUCUCGUCUUCAUCAUCCUCGUAAUCACGUGCUCGGAGACGACGAUUCUGCUUUGCUAUUUCCACCUCUGCGCAGAGGACUACCACUGGUGGUGGAGAUCCUUCCUCACAUCUGGCUUCACGGCAGUGUAUCUCUUUAUCUACUGCUGCCACUACUUCGCCACGAAACUCUCGAUUGAAGACGCCGCUUCGACUUUCCUGUACUUUGGCUACACGGCCAUAAUGGUUUUCCUCUUUUUCCUCCUCACCGGCUCAAUAGGAUUCUUCGCCUGCUUCUGGUUCAUCAGGAAGAUUUACAGUGUUGUGAAGGUGGAUUAAACAUUUUUUCAACUUCUGCUGCAAAGAUGAAAACUAUUUGUUUGUGAUUAUGUAAAUUUAUUCACGUAUUUUGUCGCCUUCUGGACACUUUCCUUCCCUCUUUCACAAAAUUGAAAUUUUUUGUGUAUAAAAAAAAGGAAAUGAAUCGAUGAGCCAACUACUAAAAAUGCAAAUAAUUAAGAUUAAUUUAAUGUAAAGUAAUUUUAUUUUCCUUCUUUCCCAAACUAAAUGUGUUUGAUACAAAUAAUGUGCAAAUAAUGAGAUCAUAUUUGUGUUUUAAAGGAAUAUGAUGCAAAUAGCUCUGUUUUCGGCGCACACACAUAUUGAAAUAUGGAUGAUGAAAAAUUGAUACAAUUUUAUUUGAAAGUAUUAGAAUUAUUCGUAAUUAUGUAGCGAAAUAAAUAUAUCUCUGAUACAAAACAGUAAUAAGAAA